ACCUCCAAGCGUAGCCUAGUGCAACCCUCUGCUGUAUCAACCUGCUGCAACUUCGUGCGUCCCUGACCCAUUGAUGCACUAAUGUUUUGCCAGUUGCAAAAUACGAUGAACGCCCGCUAAAAUUAAGACGAGUCGUUGUUAGACUCUAGUUUCUUUUUUAAUUGUAGGCUUUUCUGCAACACGCUGUGCUGCGUCUCGCUGAAUGCUUGGUUGUGGUCUUGGCCUCCGGUCGCGGCUGCGAAUUAACUUCCAUCUCUCUGCACCGCCUGCACUGUCAUAAUGUUUCUUUUAUAAAGAUGACUGUGUGGGUGACACUAUAAACUAAAUGACUGUCAGAAAUAUCGCCUCCAUUUGUAAUAUGGGCACCAAUGCCUCUGCUCUGGAGAAAGACAUCGGCCCUGAGCAGUUCCCAGUCAACGAACACUACUUCGGAUUGGUCAAUUUUGGGAACACAUGCUACUGCAACUCUGUGCUGCAGGCCUUGUAUUCGUGCCGGCCGUUCCGGGAGAACGUCCUGGCGUACAAGGCCCAGCAGAAGAAAAGGGAGAACCUGCUCACCUGCCUGGCCGACCUUUUCCACAGCAUCGCCACCCAGAAGAAGAAGGUCGGGGUCAUACCCCCCAAGAAGUUCAUCUCACGCCUCCGCAAGGAGAACGACCUGUUUGAUAACUACAUGCAACAGGACGCACACGAGUUCCUCAACUACCUGCUGAACACGGUGGCUGACAUCCUGCAGGACGAGAAGAAGCAGGAGAAACAAAACGGACGCCUGAAAAACAACGGAACACCCGUCGCCACGGAGACCGAGCCUGAGAACAAGACGGAGCCGACAUGGGUGCACGACAUCUUCCAAGGAACGUUGACCAAUGAGACACGCUGCCUGAACUGUGAGACUGUUAGCAGCAAAGAUGAGGACUUUUUGGAUCUUUCUGUGGAUGUGGAGCAGAAUACGUCAAUAACCCACUGUCUCAGGGACUUCAGUAACACGGAGACCCUGUGCAGUGAGUACAAGUACUACUGUGAGACAUGCUGCAGCAAACAGGAAGCCCAGAAACGGAUGCGUGUGAAGCGGCUGCCCAUGAUCCUGGCGCUGCACCUGAAGAGGUUUAAGUACAUGGAGCAGCUGCACCGCUACACCAAGCUGUCCUACCGCGUCGUUUUCCCGCUGGAGCUGCGCCUCUUCAACACGUCCGGAGACGCCGUUAACCUGGACCGCAUGUACGACCUGGUGGCUGUUGUGGUGCACUGCGGCAGCGGCCCUAACCGAGGCCACUACAUCACCAUCGUGAAGAGCCACGGCUUUUGGCUGCUGUUUGACGACGACAUUGUGGAGAAAAUCGAUGCCCAGGCCAUCGAGGAGUUCUACGGCCUCACGUCUGACAUCUCCAAGAACUCUGAGUCGGGCUACAUCCUGUUUUACCAGUCCAGAGAGUGAACAGUACCAGCGAGGGUUCCUUUCAACGGAAGUGCCCUCACCUGAGGAGUAGGAGGGAGGGGGGAGGUGACGCUGCCAUUUAAACGCAAGGACAGUUGUGUAGAAAAUCUCUGUUCCGGUUGAUCACGUGUAGCAGGAGGGCUGUACAGUCGGUCGGUCCAACUGCAGAGAUCCAGGUGUUUCCUGGACUCCCGACAGGGCUUUGGCACUGCGGUUGUCAAUAGCAACACUGUCGGAAGCUGUUCCGUAACUCUGGUUAGCCGCACUGCUGAGCCUUUCACUCAAGGGCAACAACGUGUGUGUGUGUGUGUGUGUGUGUGUGUGUGUGUGUGUGUGUGUGUGUGUGUGUGUGUGUGUGUGUGUGUGUGUGUGUGUGUGUGUGUGUGUGUGUGUGUGUGUGUGUGUGUGUGUGUGGUGGUGUACAUUUGAUAACAUUCAGUUGGAUUAGAUUAGUUCCGACUAAAUCAGAUAUUUAUGUUUAGCAGACAUUCAGCCCUGAGCUUUCCCUGUUCCUCCAAACACCAGUCCCUGUGUAAGUUAAGUCCCUCAUAGAACUUUAUAAAGAUGAUCUAAAAAGGAUAUUUAUUAAUCUUAUUUAUUAGUUAUUCUGUUUGAAGUGAAGACUGCUGGUUAGAUGUGUGGCCCUCUGUUGAAAGGCUGUUCCGUGUCCCUGUCUAUGGAGGGACCAGGUGUAUCUGACACACACAUCGUGGGUCUGGCCCAGUGUAAAGAGAGAAGUUUGGCUUUAAUGAGUGACUUUUCGUGUGUGUGUGUGUGCAUGCAUGCGUGUGUGCAGGGCUACAUGUGCCAGGGCUGGUAAAUUGUUUCCUGUUAGUAUAGAGUAGAUGAUAAGAUGCUUUUGGAAUGGGUUUAUGGUGGCGGGAAUUGUAUUUGACUCAUCUUGAAGUCAGGUUCCCAGCAGCUACAUAAUUGUCUUUCUUGCUCAGUCUCUCGUCCAAUGUGCUCAAAAUGUCAUCCACAAUCUUCCAUCUCUCUCUUGCCUUUUAUAUAUAAUAUUAUAUUAUGUAGUAUGUACAACAGUAUGUGUAGUUAUGUCCUCGUUGAUAAUUUAGUAAUAUUGAAUGUUUGAAUGAUAUAUAUUUUUUGUUGUCUUCAUGACGGCAACAUUUACGUGGGAAAUGGGUGGUGGUGGAAGACUUCAGGGUCAGAAAAUUAUGGUCCUGACAUGUUUCUAAUUCAUUCUAUGCACUGAGCUCAGCUGAUCUAACUAAUAUGUUGUGUUCCUGUCUGUCACAAAUGCGCAAAAUAAUGCACUUGACAAAAAUAAACUUUCACUUUGGGAAUGUGGAAGUUGCGCCUCUGCCCACAGGAAGUGGACGGAGUGAUCUCUGCUUGUUGUCUUUAAUUUCAUGUUGUAUAUCCUCCUACCUGUGAGGAUAAUCAACGUCCUGUCCUGCAAUAGGCCCAUUCAGCAAUAUGCUAGAGCCAGACCAUGUGCUAGUGUAGUGUCUUUGUGUUCAUACGACACAUUUCAAGAUAAGAGCGUGGUUUUUCAGGUGUAACAGCUGAAAGGCCGGUAUAUGUGCCAAUCUAUGGUCCUUAACAACUUGGCAUAUAAAUGUGACCGUCUCCCAGAGAAUUCUUUAUUUUCUUUGUAUAAACCAAUUUAUGGACAUAUGUGUCAUGUAAAAAAAGAUUGCAGAGGUAAGGAACAAAAAAUAUAUAUUUUUAAAGCUAAAAGCUAAAAAAUGCAGGUGCUGGUCAUGCUAGCUAGCUUUCAAAGUUGUGUGAGAAGCUGUUUCAUUGAAUGCUUUGUCUCACAAUCUGCUGUAGUGGAGUCACCUCUCUCCAGAACUUUCUCUUUAACAGCUGGGUUGAAACCAACCGUGUGAGUGAGUGAGUUUUCAUUUUUUGUGAUAGACAUGUGUUCUGUUCUUCCAUUAAAGAGACCCUAUUUUACCCUCA